CACAGAUUCUCGAAUACCAGAAAAUAAAAAUCUGAUUUUUAUUUCUAGUUUAAUAAAGUUUUUUGCCAAGAGAAAAACAAAUUUUUUCCAUCGUAGUGUGCAAGUCAUUGCCCCUGCUUUUAAAUACUUCUUAAGCUAUGAUGUCCCCGGAGCAGCAUGAAGUUAACCAGGUGCUGGAUCGUCAGGUCCGGCAGAAUAUACAGGACAUGAUGCGCGAGGCUGAUGUGCAGACAAGUCUGCUGGAAAGCGAAAGUGCAACAUCUCGUCAGCGAUACAACUCGGACUCCAGCCUUGAACAGGAUCAGCUACAACAUGAUAUGACUGUGAUGGGGAAUCUAUCCGCUGAUGAGAUUGUCGAGGAGGAAGACGACUCUGAGCAGGCGGUUCAAGAGAUACAAAACUAUCAUGAUAUGUUAGUGGAAUCGCAUAUUGAUAUUAACGGCUCAAUGCGCAAGCGGCGUGGCAACUUACCCAAACAUUCUGUGAAGAUAUUAAAGCGUUGGCUUUACGAGCAUCGUUAUAAUGCAUAUCCCAGCGAUGCUGAAAAGUUCACGCUCUCACAGGAGGCAAACCUGACAGUGCUCCAGGUCUGCAAUUGGUUUAUCAACGCGCGAAGGCGCAUCUUACCCGAGAUGAUACGUCGGGAAGGAAAUGAUCCCUUACACUUUACUAUAUCUCGGCGUGGUAAGAAGAUUAGUCCUAAUUCUUCAACAAGCAUGAAUUUAAAUGCCAGUGGCGGUACGCCGAAUCCCAUUACAGGAAGUCCAGUCUCUGAAGUGAUUGUGGGCGCUACGGAGGAGGUGCACACCGGCACCGAGAUGCAUGAUGUUGCCAAUGUACUGACGAAUUUCGACCAAUAUGUGCGUGGGUCCAAUGGACAAAUUGUUAAAAUGGAGCCAGAGUUCGAUGAGAGUGUUAUUUACAGUUGGCAACAAGCAAUAGCAAACAAUCCAUUGGGUUUUCAAAGAUUACACACCUCAUUACAAGCUACCAUUAUUGAUAAAAUUCAAAGCUAUCAAAUGCGCAAAUCCGUCGUGGAAGAAGGCAACAAUAGUAGCAGCCCCAGUUCCAUCUCAAAUUCAUUUAUAAGCAGUAGCACGCUUGAGGAGCAGCUGGACGAAGCGGAUAGCAUCAAACCAAGAAAGCGUGGUCGCAAGCGUCAUAGUGACGAAGCGGAAGCUGUGCUUAUGUCAGACAAAAUACCAAACUUGGAACAGCAAGAGCAGAAUAAAGAAGAUAUUUAUAUAUCUCAACAGGCAGCGGAGUUUUAUAAUCAAAAUGAAUGCAAUGAAUUUUAUGCCCCUUUUAGAUCCGAAGAAGAGGAGAGUGGCAAUGAUUUCGAGUCCUGCGAGCAGGCUAGCGAGGAAGAAGUACGCUUCGAUACCUCGGAUGAUUGGCAAAGUGUCAUCAAAACUGUUUUUAGCACAGAGGAAGUUACUACGACAGCAAAGAAAGCCCUGGCCAGCUCAAGCAGUACAGCUGCCGCUGGAAUUCUAGAUAAUAAUCAAUUAUUAGAUCAGAUAUUAUGUUCUGAUACAUCAAAUGUGGUUACAACUACUGGUCUUUCUGGUGAUCAGGAAGUCUAUACAAUUAAUGAGAUUGACAACACCAACACGCAGUCGCCAACGCGUCCAGCUCUUAGUCGAGAGGAGCGUGAUCAAUACAAAUGCCUUUAUUAUCUGGUGGAAACUGCAAUGGCUGUGCGUCAAAAUGAUAGUCCACAGGAUGAUGAUCUUGGCUAUAUGGGAAAUUAUCUAAAUAAUUAAUGAAUUGCAGGCUUAUUAUGUAUCUGAGACAUAUCGUAUAAGUCAAUUGAAGCAUUGUGAAUGACGCACUCUAGCAGUGCACAUAUUAUUAUGUUAGGUAGCUUAAUAAAACUUGUAAUUUACAUACAAAACAUACAAACCAAAACAAAAACACUUGUU